AUGAGAACCAUGCGCAGCCACGACGAAUUCAGACUCGACAUCGACGCCGACGCCGAGGCCACCGCCGACGCGACCGACGACCGGCGCAAACGGAGCAAAACGACGCACGCCGCAUCCCGCAUCUGCUACGACUGGAUGGUCGUCUCAGGCAACUGCCACUACGCGCGCGACCGCGCCUCAUUCACACACUACCGGGCGAUGCCGCGCCGAACCCUCGUCAAGAACAACAUCUUCAAUCCGCACGAGGAGCUGGAGGUUGCGGGUGUAGGGACAGUCGAGCUACGCGUGUGCCGGACGGUGCGGGACGGGGGCGCCAGCUCGCAUGUUCUCGUGCUGGAGGACGUGCUGCAUAUCCCUGAGGCGGUGUGUAAUGGGUUCAACCCGCUGCUGUAUGGGAGUAGCAUGUCGUGUAACAUGGAGUAUUGGGAGGGGGCUGAUCGGCGCGGGGAGCCGGUUUGGUUUGCAUCCGAGGGGGAGUCGGAGUUGAUUCAGGGGAGGUAUUAUACGUUGAGUUUGUCGAUUACACCGCAGGAGAGGAGGGAGAUUUUUGACGCGAUGGCUUGUUGA